AUGGAUAUAACCGUCGUCGCGCUCCAAAUGUUCAGCCAUCCGUUCGAAUUUAUCGAUUAUAUCUUGCCAUUCAUUGACCCUGUCAGCUCGAUAUUAAACUGUCGCUUUCUACUCGCCCUCUACGGGACGACCGCACAGCUUGAGAGGGGCGGUACAUCGGCCUCGUCCUUCUCUCUCGACCUCGGCGAUGCGAAUCUAUCGGGGACGCCCGACCUCCCUGAAUUCCUGACUUCGUUCGCCGGUCCAAUCCAUUCCACCCCCGACGACGACCAGGAGCUGUUCGACCAGGAGCGGACGCUGCCGCGCGAACACGACUUGGAGGUGGACGUAGGGGUCCUCAACUCGGAACCUUGGAUGGAGGCGGAGCCAGAGGCUCUUGGUUUGGCCAGAGGCUCGGAGGGUGUCUGA